AUGGAUAAACCCGGCCCUUCGCGCGACUCACGUAAGGAUGGUCCUCCACCAGUGCCUACACCUGUUUGCCCGGAGUGUAACAACAUCUUGUAUCCUAAAGAAGACAAACCAACGAAAACCUUGUACUACGCCUGCAGGCACUGUGCGUACAAAGAAAAAGCUAAAAGCAAUUGCGUUUACGUGAACAGGGUACUUAGAGAAGUGGACGAGUUGAAGAAUAUCGUGCCGGAAGUAGUAUCUGAUCCCACUUUGCCAAGAACUGAUUACCAUCCGUGUCCAGCAUGUGGUCACCGAGAUGCGGUGUUCUUUCAGUCCGACAAGCCGAACAGUGAAAUGAGGUUGUACUAUGUUUGCGCUAAAUGUCAUGAAUUCAUUUCGGAAGAGUUGGAAGACAUGGUGUUAAUUUCUCAGGAAAAAGUGAACGUUAAAGUAGAAAAAUCUGUUUGUUGUUCUCCACAGCCAAGUAUUUCUGCUGCUGGUAGCGAUGCAAUAAUGCAUCAAGAAUCAAUAGUUCCCCUUUCAGUACCAAAUUCUGGAGCAACAAUUCCAAGUGCAACAGGUUGA